GUGCGCCUGAGGUCGCUGUUGUGAGCCUCACCUUUCCUUCCCCUCUUUCGGUUUUGGAGUGAAAAUGGAGAAACGCUGCAUGGACUCACAAGUCAGAGGAGUCAGCACAGGGACCACCAUCCUGGCUGCCAUCUUUGACGGAGGGGUCGUGAUUGGUUCAGAUUCCAGGGCUUCAAUUGGAGGGGAAUAUGUAUCGUCUAAGACCAUCAACAAGGUGAUCCAGGUUCACGACCGGAUCUUCUGCUGCAUGGCUGGCUCACUCGCAGACGCUCAGGCCGUCACCAAGGCAGCUAAAUUCCACCUGUCCUUCCACAGUGUCCAGAUGGAGACCCCUCCACUGGUGAUAUCAGCAGCAUCGGUGCUGAAGGAGCUGUGUUACGAAAACAGGGAGGAGUUGCAGGCCGGCUUCAUCACAGCCGGCUGGGACAGGAGGAAAGGGCCACAGGUGUACGUUGUGUCUCUCGGUGGCAUGUUAACCAGUCAGCCCGUUACCAUCGCUGGCUCGGGCAGCACUUACAUCUAUGGCUACGUUGACGCCAAAUACAAACCCAACAUGAGCCGAGAGGAAUGCCUACAGUUUGCCACAAAUGCUCUUGCUUUGGCCAUGGGCAGAGACAACGUCAGCGGGGGCGUGGCUCACCUGGCCGUGAUCACUGAGACCGGCGUGGAGCAUGUGGUUGUACCCGGCGACGAGCUGCCCAAGUUCCAUGACGAGUGACCACCUUCAGACCACCAUUGAAAUCAGGAUUUUAAUUUGCAUUAUUUGGAUUCCCUAAGCCGUGUUUUUAUUACUUAUCUGCUCUGUGUUGGAGUGUGAUGUAUCAGAUCCCAUGAAGAACGAGCCAGACACAUGAAAAAUGAGUGACCCGUUCUAGAAAAACUUGUGAUCAUAUGUGGAAACGGUGGUGGAAACGUUUUAGACCUCAAAACUCCACUGUCAACUUGUAAAACCAACCCUAACCAUUUCCAUUAUGAAACCAGGUUGCUUUCUUCCUUUUCAUGUGUCCAACUCACAUGUAUUGUGUUGUUUGUUUUUUUUAACAUGAGGAAAUAUGUGAAGUGAAAACCGAUAGAAGUAAAUAUUUUCCAAACCCCUA